AUGAAUGGGUAUGUCUCUGUUAUGCGUGUGCGAGUGUUUGAGUUAAUGAUGCUGCUGUCUGCUGGUGUUGAGGAGACUGACGCCCAGUCCAAGCCACACCAGUACAGCUAUCCCUCAAUCUUCAUCUAUGGUCAUCAAUCUUCAGGGAAGAGUCAUGUGCUGAAUGUUUUGCUGAAGGAACUGGAGCUGCCCCACGCCACAGUGAGCUGUGUUGAGUGUGUUUCUGUUGCCUUGCUGUUUGAACAAGUGCUGCUGUCCUUCUUUGGCUGCCAUGCUGCCUCGCUGCUCCCCCGCAGUCCCUCCCUGUCUGACUUUGUACGCAUCUACAGACAGCAGAGCUCGCAGUCUCCUGCCAAGCAGACGCGAUACAUUGUAAUGGAAAAAGCAGAGCUUCUGAGAGACUCUGAUGCCAAUCUCCUCCCUGCUCUCCUGCGUCUUCAAGAACUGGUGGAGGACAACGUUACCGUCAUCCUGCUCAGUGAAAUCGUCUGGGACAGGUUCAGACCAAACACCGGCUGUUUCGAGCCCCUUCUGCUCCAUUUCCCCGACUACAGUAAAGGUGAGCUGCAGCACAUUUUGGCCCAGGACAGAAAUCCUUCAUAUUCGGAUGAGUUUUACUCGGCUUACAUCAACAUCCUGCUGGGAGUCUUUUACUCGGUGUGUCGAGACCUCAGAGAGCUGCGACACCUGGCUGCUCUCAACUUCUCAAAGUUCUGCGAACCGUUAGCAGAAGGAAAAGUGAAAGAGACGGACACUCACAAGCUGUGGAGAAACAUCGAGCCUCAUCUGAAAAAAGCCAUGCAGACUGUUUACCUGCGGGAAGUGUCCAGCCUGCAGUGGGAGCAGAUGCAGCAAAUGGAGGAGAAGGAGAAUGGAGCAGUGAGAGGUUUGUCCGCUCACACUCAUGUUGAGCUGCCUUAUUACUCCAAGUUCCUUUUGAUUGCUGCCUACCUGGCAUCCUUCAACCCUGCCCGCACAGACAAACGCUUCUUUGUAAAGCACCACGGUAAAAUAAAGAAAACAAACUUCUUGAAGAAAAAUGAAAAGACUAGUAACCACCUUCUAGGGCCGAAGCCGUUUCCUCUGGAUCGCCUACUCGCCAUUUUCUACAGCGUGGUGGACAGCAGAGUGGCCCCCACUGCCAGCAUCUUCUCCCAGAUCUCCUCUCUGGUGACCCUGCAGCUGUUGACGCAGGUCAGUCAUGGCGACCAGAUCGAUGCCCCAAAAUACAAAUGUGCCGUUUCUAUGGACUUCAUCUGUGGCAUCUCCAGGACUGUGAACUUUGAGAUUAUCAAAUACCUUUAUGACUUCCUGUGAGCCCCUGAGGAAAAGAAAGAGGCAAGACAUGGUGACAGAAAGACAAAAGAUGGUAAUACACAUCUAAAGAUAAGCAGUAUCAGGAGAUGGACUGUUGUUGGGAUUUUCUGUGUAAGAAAAUAAUCCAAUUAUGUCGCUGCCCCCUUGUGGUUAAAGAAUAACCCUGUUUUCCUUGUCUCAUGACUGUUAAUAAUAAUGUUUAAUAUUUACAUUUGUAUAAAAUAAAAGCCAUUUUUGAAA